CGAGCGCUGGGACCCGGCUCUCCUCGGUGGGGGAGGAGCCCCAUGACGGCCACUCCCCCAGGCCUUGCUUGGUGGGGACCGAAAAGCAGGUAGAGAGCUGCACAGUCCGAGGCAGUGGUUCCCUUGGGACCCUCGUGCGACCUGUUCCGCGGCCCUGCCGGGGAGGACUCGAACCCGCUUCGAAAAUAUUAAGAAGACGUGAUUUCCAAGGCCAAUUAUGAAAACAUUUGUCAUUGGAAUUGGCGGUGUGACAAAUGGUGGGAAGACAACUCUGGCUAAGAACUUGCAGAAACAACUUCCCAAUUGCAGCAUAAUAUCUCAGGAUGAUUUCUUCAAGCCGGAGUCUGAAAUAGACAUAGAUGAAAAUGGAUUUUUGCAGUAUGAUGUGCUUGAAGCUCUUAACAUGGAAGAAAUGAUGUCAGCCAUUUCAUGUUGGAUGGAAAACCCAGGGCACUCUGCAGGACCAGCAGCUUUGGAAAGUUCUCAAAGGGUUCCCAUUUUAAUUAUUGAAGGUUUCCUUCUCUUUAAUUAUAAGCCACUGGACACCAUAUGGAACAGAAGUUACUUCCUGACCAUUCCAUAUGAAGAAUGUAAGAGGAGGCGGAGUACAAGGGUAUAUGAGCCUCCUGACCCUCCAGGGUACUUUGAUGGCCAUGUGUGGCCCAUGUACCUAAAGCACAGACAAGAAAUGAACACCAUCACUUGGAAUAUUGUUUACCUAGAUGGAACAAGAUCUGAAGAGGACCUCCUUUCCCAAGUGUUUGAAGAUAUCAAGCAAGAAUUAGAGAAGCAAACUGGUAAAUAUUGUUCUAUCAAAUCGGAUGGUGGAGGAAAAAGAAUCUUGAGAACAGUUCAUUGCAUUCCAGUGUCAGUGUGCACAAAUACCAACAAGGAAAGACUGUCUUCAUUCAUCCUUUGCUUGAAAAUAGCUGAGCCAGCGAUACAGUGCCUGUCUGGAUCAUGAUCAUUUUGUUUAUCA